CUACUCUCUCGCUGCCUUCCUCCCUCCUUCCCUCUCACUCUCUCUCCCUUCCCCCUCAUCGACCUGUCAAUUUCUGUAUCUCACUGAGCACAUGUUUAGAAACAAUAUGCUAGGAGCAGCAAAAGAAGAGAGAGGGUGACCUGGAGGACGGACCAGCAGCAACUAAUGCAGGUCAGUGGAGCUCGGGUGCUGACAGCAGUGGUGGCAGUGGGCGUGUGGGCAUGCGUCUGUGAGUCCCGCCCACAACAGGACCAAACCUUCCUCGACAGUCUGUUGAACCAGUUUCCCACACCAAACGGCAACAGCAUUUUUCCCUCCUUUAACUCUCUAACAGGAAGCACCUCGAGCAACAGUGCUUUUCCCUUCUUCAAUUCCCUGACAGACAUCACCCCUAGCAACAGUCUGUUCACACCGCUGAGCUCAACGGGCAGCACAGCUACGAACAGCAACGUGUUAGGCAACUUCGCGGACACCACCACAGGAUUCUUUCAAGGAGCAAGCGACUCUCUCUACAGGAUUACCAAUAACGUGAUGACCAGUGGACGGGAUGUUGUCAACCGCUUUUUGGACACUGUUAAUAGAAACUUGGUUAUCUAUGGUUAGGGCUGAGCGGGAUUCAUCUGCAGACACCAGCAGGCAACCACUCUGAAGAUUGUGGUCCUGAAGAAAACACCAACAUUACUACCAUCGCUACUACUACUACUACUACUACUACUACUACUACUAAUAAUAAUAAUAAUAAUAAUAAUAAUAAUAAUAAUAAUAAACAUACCUUCACGGUUCCCUCUUUUAUUGGAGUGGGAUAGUGUUCUCACAAAUGAGAUGGAAAAAUGUAGGAGAAAGGUUCAAGAUGAGAGCAACAAUGUACUGUUUAACACAUUGAUGAACACAAAUAUAAACACAUUAUGACUGUUAUGAAAAGAUUGAUGCAGAUUACCCAUCGUAACAUCUAAAUUUAUUAACAUUACAGAAGACUAGUACUGCAACACUAACAUCGCUGGAGACUAAUACUGUAACACUAAUAUCACGGGAAGAUCAUCAUGGGGAGACUGGUACCCCACCUCACCAGAGUCGUAGUCACAAAACCAACUUCAUCAUUUUAUAAAAGGUGUAAAAAAGGCAUUCCAGAAACUUGUCACAAGACAUCAAUCAAUCAUUCCCUCAUACACUACCUAUACUCGACCCUCUGCGUCUCCUCCUCCUCCUCCUCCUGCCCUCACACAUUCAUUAAAUCACACUCAGCCGUUAUCCAUCCCUUCCACCUGACCAUAUCAUUGUAAUGUUUCUGCUCGCCCCGACUUAAGUCCGCAUCAUUGUCAUUCCUCACUCCAACUUUACUUCUAACACACUACAUAACCUCAGCCUCCAUAGGUCGACUAUGUUGUCACUGUCCCAUCACUGUUCCACACCCAUACAGCAGCAGACUUACAACACGCGCCUUCACGCAGUGGUGGUGAUGAUAAUGAUGAUGAUAAUAAUAAUAAUAAUAAUAAUAAUAAUACAGCAUGUAAAUAUAUAUAUAUAUAUAUAUAUCAAUCACUGUUACUUAAAUUAUGCAAAUAAAUUUGUUAAUAUUU